AUGGCUCUUCCAGUACCUAAAAAUGUCAAGGAGGACAAGCGCCAGUCAUCCCAAGAUCCAGAAGAACCCUCCAGCCAAGCCAACGUAAACACCACCGCCCACGACAUGGAAGAAGAAUACCACACCUCCUCCUCCGAACAAGAAAACCCAGAAGACCUCGAAUUCAACACCUCCUUACAACCCAGAGCCCCACUCCUCCCCGCCGAAGUUCUCAAGCCCCUCCCCAGUCCCACGCGAUCACUCCAGGACAUCCCGCUCGAGCGCAUGACCAGGAAGCAGAAGCGGGCAGAGCGCAACCGUAGUCGGCAGGCGAAGAAGGCUGUGUGGGACCAACUUAGAGCAGAGGCGAAGGGGAGUGGGGUGCUUGAGGCGGGCAAGGUUGCGCAGUUGAAGAGGGGGGCUGGAAAGUCGAAGGAGAAGGUUAGGAGUGGGAGGGUAGAGAAGGCGGGGGGGAAGAAGACGAAGGCGAAGUCGAAGGUGUCCGGGAGGCAGGAAAUGCUUGAGGAUCGGAAGAGGCAGAUCAGGUCAACUGGGGAGGGCAGGAAGGGGAAGAGAGCGAAGACGGGGAGCAAGCGCUGA